GGCAAGUUCAGCCUACGACCUGUCCAGUGGUGACUUUAUCUUGUUUGAACUUCAUAAAGCUAGCUUAUUCCUCAGCUUUGAUAUGGGGAGUGGGCUGCAGAGAUAUCAAUUGUCGUCUAACAGAAUGAAUGACAACAAUUGGCACGAAGUUGAGAUGUUAAGGUAUAACGUCGAGGACAACAUAAUUACUACCAAGAUUGAUAAAGGUGAAUUGACGGAGUCAGAAAUUCAGAUGUCUGUGAUCCCCGGAAAUUUUUCGAAAAAUUUCAACCUUGCUGAUUAUUUAUAUCUCGGAGGAGCGCACGAAAAUGUAUUUCACCGCUGGAGAGAGAAAAUCACCAACCGCUUUGGAUUCCAGGUUCGAGAAUAUUUAAAUAUCAUUUUUAUAAUGCUUAUCCGAAAUUGA